AUGAAAGAAGAAGUUAAUAAUUUAACUACUUUUGAUGUUUAUGAAACAGUUGAUAGAAAAACAGCUAAUAAAGUUUUACCCGGCUGUUGGGUGUAUACUGUGAAGCCUGAUAGAUCAUUAAAAGCGAGAUAUAUAAUUAAAGGGUUUAAACAAGAAGCGGAAAUUACUAAUUUUAGUCCAACAACAGCUUAUCUUACAAUAAGAUUAUUUCUUAUAUUAGCAUCAAAUUUAAACUUUAAUGUAGCGACAUUAGAUAUAAGUUCGGCAUUUUUUCAGAGCGGUUUAAGUGAAAAUAUUUUUGUUAAAAUUCCUCUCUGCUGA